AUGAGCUCGGCACCGAAGGCUCUCCUCCGUGACCUAGCCCCAGCUCACCUCUACCGCUUCAAAAAACACAAACAGAACUCAGGCAUGAGAAAACUCUCCCAGAACCCCCAGGCGUGCUCGGGAGGCCGAGCCGCAUUAGCGUCUGCGCGCAGCCGCUCUCGCCCUUGGGCCCACCUCUUCCGGUUGACUCUUGGGGCGGAGCGCGCUGAAAAGAUGGCGGCGCCCGGGACUACGGUGGUUCGUGAGAGACUGAGCCACCGACAGUACAGGGCCGCCCUGAAGAAGGAGAAGCGAAAGAAGCGCCGGCAGGAACUCGCUCGCUUGAGAGACUCAGGACUCGCUCCAAAGGAAGCGGAAGAGGAAGAGGAGGCUUUUAUUGAAGCAUGCCAGCUAGAGGAAGAGAAGCUGUUGGAGAUAGAGAGGCAAAAACUACAUGAGGAGUGGUUGCUGAGAGAGCAAAAGGCACAGGAAGAAUUCUGGAUCAAGAAACAAAAGGAAGAGGCAGCUAGAAAACGGCAGGAAGAAUUAGAGAGGAAGUUAAAAGAAGAAUGGGAAGAACAGCAGAAAAAAGAGAGAGAAGAGGAGGAGCAAAAACGACAGGAGAAGAGAGCGAGAGAGGAAGCUGUGCAGAAGAUGCUGGAUCAAGCUGAAAAUGAGUUGGAAAAUGGUUCCACGUGGCAAAACCCCGAGCCACCCUUGGAUAUGAGAAUAAUGGAGAAAGACCGAGCGUAUUGUCCGUUCUACAGUAAAACAGGAGCGUGCCGAUUUGGAGAUAGAUGUUCACGUAAACAUAAUUUCCCAACAUCAAGUCCCACCCUGCUUAUAAAGAGCAUGUUCACCACGUUUGGGAUGGAACAGUGCAGAAUGGAUGACUAUGACCCGGAUGCCAGUCUGGAGUACAGUGAGGAGGAGACCUACCAGCAGUUCCUAGAGUUCUAUGACGAUGUGCUUCCAGAGUUCCAGAACGUGGGGAAAGUCAUUCAGUUCAAGGUCAGCUGCAACUUUGAACCUCAUCUGAGGGGCAAUGUGUAUGUUCAGUAUCAAUCGGAAGAAGACUGCCAAACAGCCCUGACUCUGUUUAAUGGCCGGUGGUAUGCAGGACGACAGCUGCAGUGCGAAUUCUGCCCGGUGACCCGGUGGCAAAUGGCAAUUUGUGGUUUAUUUGAAACCCAUCAGUGCCCAAGAGGCAAACACUGUAACUUUCUUCAUGUGUUCAGAAAUCCCAGCAAUGAAUUUUGGGAAGCUGACAGAGACAUGUACCUGUCCCCAGAUCGGACUAGCUCAUCUUUUGGAAAGACCUCAGACAGGAGAGAGAGAACGGGCCACCAUGAUGAUUACUACAGCAGGUCAAGACGACGGAGAAGUCUCAGUGCUCCCAAAAGAAACGGGGCAUCUGAGAGGAAAAGGAGAAGUAGUCACCAGGGGAAGAAAGCUCACAAGCACGUGUCCAGAAGUCGGGAAAGGCACAGCUCCCGAAGCAGAGGAAGAAAACGGGACCAGAGCCGGAGCCUCAGGAGCCGCCGGAGUCGCAGCCGCAGCCGCAGCCGCAGCCGCAGCCGCAGCCGGAGCCGCCGAUCCAGGUCCAGGAGCCGUGGCAGGAGGAGGUCAGGAAGUAGAGACCGAAAUGCCCAGAGCCCCAAAGCCAAAUAA